CCCGAGAGCCGAUUGAGGGCGCCCGACGGGCUGGACGGCGGCGUGGCUCAGGGAGAAAAGAACCUGGACCAAGCCUAGCCAGGAGCCACCCCACAAUACCAGUAAUUGGCGGUCCGCAUCGCCCAUGUCCCACUGAUCGGAGGCCACACCCUCUCUGCACGCUUCAUGACCCAGUGGCACUCGGCCCAGUGAAGCCACCGUGGUGUCCAGCAUGGCCGCGCUGCUCCUGGGCGCGGUGCUGCUGGUGGCCCAGCCCCAGCUAGUGCCUUCCCGCCCCGCAGCCCCCGGAGCCGAGCGGGGCCAGCAGGAGCUGGUGCGGAAUGCGGGCACAGUCCAGGGCGACAUGGGGGACCGUGCGGCCCCCAACGGCUCCGUGCAGCAGCUGCCGCGGACCAUCAUCAUCGGCGUGCGCAAAGGCGGCACGCGCGCGCUGCUGGAGAUGCUCAGCCUGCACCCCGACGUGGCGGCCGCCGAGAACGAGGUGCACUUCUUCGACUGGGAGGAGCAUUACAGCCACGGCCUGGGCUGGUAUCUCAGCCAGAUGCCCUACUCCUCGCCACACCAGCUCACCGUGGAGAAGACGCCCGCCUACUUCACGUCGCCCAAAGUGCCUGAGAGGGUCCACAGCAUGGACCCGUCCAUCCGGCUGCUGCUCAUCCUGCGGGACCCGUCGGAGCGCGUGCUGUCUGACUACACCCAAGUGUUCUACAACCACUUGCAGAAGCGCAAGCCCUACCCGACCAUCGAGGAGUUCUUGGUGCGGGACGGCCGGCUCAACGUGGACUACAAGGCGCUCAACCGCAGCCUGUACCACGUGCACAUGCAGAACUGGCUGCGCUUCUUCCCGCUGCGCCACAUCCACAUUGUGGACGGCGACCGCCUCAUCAGGGACCCCUUCCCCGAGAUCCAGAAGGUGGAGAGGUUCCUGCAGCUGUCGCCGCAGAUCAACGCCUCGAACUUCUACUUCAACAAAACCAAGGGCUUCUACUGCCUGCGGGAUGGCGGCCGAGACCGCUGCUUGCACGAGUCCAAGGGGCGGGCUCACCCCCAGGUGGAUCCCAAGCUGCUCAGCAAACUGUACGAAUAUUUUCACGAGCCAAAUAAGAAAUUCUUCGAGCUCGUGGGCAGAACAUUUGACUGGCACUGAUCUGCAGUAAGCUUAGGCCCUGGACCUUUGCUAUCGUCAGUUCGGGUGUACAUCGGGGGGAGGGGAGAAUUUUAAAAGGGCAUUUAAGCUAUAAUUUAUUUGUAAAAUCCAUAAAUUACUUCUG